GAGAUAACUGACUUCAGCAAUGUUAUAGAAGACCUCGAGUGCUACAACUUUGCCGAAGACACCAAGUUGUUAUCUCUUAUCAGUUCCGCGGAAACCGUGGAAAACCGCGAGGACCCGCCAAAAAUGAACAUACUCGCCUUUAACCAUUUUUGAGUCGAAAGAAACUUACUCUUCUCUUUCACAACAAAGUCAGAUGAACUUACUCUCCUCUCGAUCUAGUCAAUAGAAAUGAGAUUGUGAUAUUGUUCAACGCAAAAUCUUUACAGCUGUUGUAAUGAAUAUUGAGUAAAGCAAGAGAAUUGAAAUUUAAAAAAAAAUGGAUGACUAGUAGCCAUUGGCUACGAUCUGCAACUCACAAAGACAUUGUAAUAUGUAUAAAAAUUAUAGAUUGAUGAAAGAAAAACUUAUAAUAAUUGAUAUUUAAUGUUGUCUCAAACAAAAGAGCUUGAUCAUAAUACAAAUAAAAACAAGUAGGGAGCGUUGCUGCAGGUUGAGAAACGUCACUUUUUUCACUAUACGUGAUGAUACCGCCAUCGCAAUAGCUGUCAAAGUCUUAGUUUAAUGCAUUAUCAGUUUUGAGACUUGUUUCGACAGAACUGGCAUUUGUUUUGAUACACUUCCAAUUCGACUGUGAUUUUUUGUGUGAAAAAAUGUUGUUCUGGUUUUUGCCAAGCGUUAUAAAUUGACAUUUAGCAUAGAAAAAGGAGUCGGGCAACCUUUUGAUCAUCAUCUCUACAUCAACGUAGUAUUCGAUUGAUCUGUGAUAUUAAUAUUAAUCUCAAUGGAGUCAAAUAAUGAAAAAAAAUCAUCCAAAAAGAGUUCUAUGUCUGAUUCGAGCUCAAAGAACCGAUUUUAUACCGAUGGAUUACCAUUAAUAAUACACAAUUUCGAACAUUUUCCGACUGAGAUUCUUUUGGCGAUUUUCGCACAGAUCAAUGAUAAUGAUUUGCUGAAUUUGGGUUCGAUCAGUGCACGAUUUGAGCCGAUGGUGCGAGAAGUGUUUGCAGAAAGAUAUGCCGACCAAUAUUUUCAAAUAGAAGCAGAGACCGAACGACAUCGAAACUUGUAUUCCGAGCUAUUCAACCUCUUUGGCAACAGUAUGAGAGCUAUUCAAGCUAUCGGCAUUCGAAACAUCGAUGACAAUCAUUGGCUAGUUCAAAUAUUGGAUAAACACACACCGAAUCUGGAAAAGUUGUACUUCAAAAAGUGUUCGUUUAAAAAUGUCGAUCAUUUUCUGUCGCGACAUAUCAAAAUAACACAUUUGGCAUUUUGCGGUGGGUCCUGUGAAAAGGAAUACCACAUUCAACUACCCGAAUACCGUAAUUUAAAGUCGUUGGAAUUAUUCGAAUUUUCUUAUAUUUCCAAACCAUCACUGGAGCAGAUCUUCUUGAAUAACCCACAAAUGGAGCGAUUGAUUCUCAGCUUUUGUGAUCAUUAUUUUACAUUGCCAAAUAUCAUGGAACUAGUUUACACUCAUCUCAAAAACUUGAAGGUUUUGAAUAUAUUAGAUAGCUAUGAAAAGUAUGGAGAUAUUUCUCUACCCAUUAGUCUCAUGAAUCGAUUUGUAAGUGCACUGACGUCAUUGCAGUCAUUUGGGAUGACAAUUUUCAAUGAAAGCUCCAGAGAUUUACUGCGACGUAUGGGUUCCAAUUGUAAAAGCAUUAAAUGCUUGGAACUGUACAAUUUUCAAUGCGGAUAUUUCAGUAGAGAACUAAUCAACCGAGAAGCAGUUUGUUUGUUUGAUAAAGUUGAAACACUUUCACUGCUUAAGUAUUCGAAUCAAGAAAAAAUCGAGCAAAUCAUUGAAAAUCUACCGUUUUUACGCUGUUUAUCCAUUUCAAAAAUAUCGUAUUGUUCCAACGAUGAAAUUUUAACAAUCUUACGGAAAUGUACGAAUUUGGAAAAACUGAUAAUCGAACCAGAAAAUACAUGGACAGGACGAUACAAUGAAGACGAAUCACUAUACAGGAGAAAUGCACAUUUCCAUGAGGAAUUCAUCGAGGCCAUACCAAAUUCACACUUCAGAUUGGAAUUCAAAGAAAAAGGGGAGGUUAUUGGAAUCGUGACAAAAGAAGAAAUCAUUUGGAGGAAUAAGCUAUUGCAUUGGGUUGGCUACGAUCCAAUUUUGAGUCGUUCAAAAUUACAAUUGUUGGAUUUGGCCACUAUUCCGAAAUGGUCAACCGGUAAACAUAAACAACCACUUAAUUUGAUUUUCAAUCAUUUGGAUUUGGAUAGCCUUUACUCAUUCUGUAUGACAAGUAAAGAGAGCAAGCAACUCGUUCACAAUUACAUCCAACACCGGUGUAAGCCAUCACCGAAGAAAUGCACCAAACAACGGUCAAUACAACGCGGAAAGUUUUUUGUCACCGACGAAUUCGGUAUAGACAACAAAGGGCUACAAAUGUUCGGAAAAUGUAUGAAAUAUUUAGAAGUUAACCUGUUGAAUUACCAUAUCGGCCACUUCUUGAAUAUGAUCGAUAAGCAUUGCAAAAUUCUUAAAAUACUUUGUUUUCGCACACAUCAAAAAAUUGAUCCAGAUCGCUUUAUUUUACCACAAAUACGACACUUUAUAUUCUAUGGUUAUGAUAAGGAUUGUACAUACGAUUGUGAUUUAAGUUUUCUAUCGCGACAAUGUCCAAAUUUAGAAAUAUUGGAAAUGAAAACGGUGGCCAAACUGUGUGCAUUCAACAAGAAAGUGCAACAUUCAUUUGAAAAUUUGCAGAUGAUCAAAUUCAAGCCAUUUGAUCAUUCACAAGUGAAAUAUGUGAAAGAUUUGUUUAAGAAUUCCACCACGGAAGUUGUCAUUGAUUCUGAAAUGUGAAAAAUUAUAGCUGUCGAUAUGUUGUUCUAUUAAUCUAUGAAAGGAAAUUGUAUGAAACGUUAAAUCAAAUUAAAUUUUAAUAAAAUUGGAUUUUGAAUUAAAAA